AGGCAGACCACACUCGCGCUGACGUACUCCAAUGCCCCCAAAGCACAGCAUAGCAAAUCAACUGCGACCUCACGGCUAAAGAGUUGCCUUUUUCGGGGGAUUCGGCGUUCCCUUUACCCAUCAUCAAAUCCGAUCGAAACGCGGAAACUACCCCGCCGGGAAAGAUGGUGGCGUACCUCAACAUCCUCCUCUACGGCGUCGGCGGCAUAGUCUUCACCGGGAUGGCCUUGCUGGUUGCCUUUCAAGAGCGGCUCGUCUACGUCCCCGUCGUCCCUGGUCUCACCAAGUCCUACCCGAUUACUCCCGCCCGCCUCCGUCUCACUUACGAGGACGUCUGGCUCCGAUCCUCCGAUGGCGUCCGCCUCCAUGCCUGGUUCAUCAAGCUCUUCCCUGACUGCAGAGGUCCAACCAUCCUUUUCUUCCAGGAGAAUGCAGGAAGUAUCCUUAGGCUUGCAGAUAUUGCUCAUCGUCUUGAAAUGGUCCGCAUAAUGCUACAGAAGCUGCAGUGCAAUGUGUUCAUGCUUUCUUACCGUGGCUAUGGAGCGAGUGAUGGAUCUCCUUCCCAGCAUGGAAUUACAAAGGAUGCUCAGGCUGCAUUGGAUCAUCUCUGUCAGCGAAAUGAUAUUGAUACCUCAAGAAUAGUCGUGUUUGGCAGGUCACUGGGUGGUGCUGUUGGAGCCUUACUUACGAGAAACAACCCUGACAAGGUUGCUGGUAUUAUACUGGAAAAUACUUUUACGUCUAUUCUGGAUAUGGCAGGAGUUCUCCUCCCCUUUCUGAAGUGGGUGAUUGGAGGAUCUGGUGCAAAAGGUGUUAAAAUUUUAAACUUUGUCGUACGCUCUCCAUGGAACACAAUCGAUGUGAUUGGCGAGGUUCAGCGACCAAUCCUUCUCCUGUCGGGUUUGCAAGAUGAGAUGGUUCCGCCGUCCCACAUGCAGAUGCUUUAUGCCAAAGCAGCUGCUCACAACAAGGAAUGCAUUUUUGUGGAUUUUCCUUCCGGCAUGCACAUGGAUACCUGGCUGGCUGGUGGGGAUCAUUACUGGGCUACUAUUCAGCAGUUCCUUGAAAAAUAUGCUCCGAGGAAUGAUGAACCUGAUUCUUCAAGCGUUACCAGCCAUGAUUCUGAAGGGCGAUGACGUGUUUCGAUGUUGAAUUUUUGAGAACUCAUCGGAGGACCUGAAAAGUGUGUGUAUGUUUUUCUGUUUGAAGUUGCAGCAACUAAAAGCUCAAUGUGAUGGAGGUGUUUGAGGGUUUGCUGCUGCUGCUUAUUGGGACCAAAAAAGGGUAAAAGAAACGAGUGAAACAAUACUGGUCUUCUUUACUGUGGCGGGUUGCCAUACCUUAGAAAACAGGAGGCAGUAGUCGAAAGCUCAAUUCAGUAGCGAGCUCCCUUUGGUAUAAUGUAGUACCUUUGACUUUUUGACUCGUCACUAUCUAAUACUAUAUAGGUGGUUCAGUUUCUGACUUCUUAUUGUUUGUAUGCAAAUAAUUCUAUCUUCAUUAUUUUCCGAAGAAAGUGAAAAGAGGAGAAAAUGGUUCUCUUGCUGAUCUUGGAUUGUUCCUGAUGAUAUUUUGACGACCAUUCUUAUGAAUGCAUAUUGUAAUAAAAAUACAGACAA